AUGCGCAUCUACACGUUCGUACUCUUCGCCUCGACGGCAGCGCCGACUUGUGUCACUGAUGCCUCGGGAAGUUCUGACUUGUCAUCGACCAAUAUCGACAUCACGGCCAGCGAUUCUCCAUUCGUGGAUGACGUGUUCAAGGACUUUCCUGCCAAUCGGCUGUUGAGGGUACAAGACACCGCGGACGAUGAAGAGAGGGGCCAAGAUCCAAGCCCGAUACUGACCACGUCAGCACCAUUCCAAGCGAUUGCCAAGGUAGCGUUCACCAAGUUGUACAGCGGUCUUAGCGCGCUCAAGCUCACUCCAGCCACUUGGAGUCAAGUGAUGAGCGAGGAUGAGCGAUUUCUAAAAGAACUGCUUACGCUCUCGGAAAAAGGCACAAAGGAGGUCCACGUGGACUUCCUGCUCCCUAUGAUUUCCACUCGGAAAAAUCACCAUCAGUCCGAUAUGCUCGAGAAGCUUUCGGAGUGGAUGAAAGGUCAACAACCAACGGAUCUCGUCAAGGUUCUACAGGAACGCGGCUUCUUUGAACAAUUUCGCUUUACAGAUGUGCUAGCGCUGAAGCAGUAUCUUGGACCAUCGAACAAAGCGAUGCUGUUCGACACGCUUUUGGCAGGCUUUGGCGAGGGCAGAUUGGCAUCCAUGUUGUCAAUUGCGAAGCUAAGUCCUUUGAAUGGACCCGACGCAAAAUUGCUCCGGGAUGAGCUACUAGAAUGGUGGGCAGCGAUUGGCAAGCCGUACGAAGACGUUGUCCGGUUGCUGGGGAUUCCUACGCCAGAGAAUCAGCUGGACUUGGCGUAUGAAAAGCUCGAGGCUUUGGUCAAGUACACUGCGCUGAAGUAUAAACUGGACUCACACAACGCCCAUGUACAAACAAUUAUCGGUCUACGAACAAUGUUUGGCGACGCCCCAGUCGUACGGGCGAUGAUGGACAUGUUGGAGGGUGUCGAAUCCGUGCGACAGCAUCUACAUGGAAAGUAUGGAGACGAGAGCACCAAGUUGAAGAGCGAAGAGCAUAACAAUUUUGCCGAAUGGUUCAAGGCCUUCUUCUUUGAGCUAUGGAAAUCGGAGGAUAAGACGCUGAGCUCUUUGGACAAGAAUCCGUUUGGGUUGACUAAGCAGCACGACGACAAACUUCGAGCAGAUUACGGUGCAUUCCGGAAGGAGAAUCCUGCUUCUUAG